UGGUUGAUAUGAAAGUUGAAAAGGAAAAAAAGAAAAUCUCGAUCAGAAAAGUUAUGGAACUUCAUAUUAAUCCCGAGGUUGCAAAAUGGAGAGUUGGUGACCCAUCGUCAGUUCAUGCAAAAGCAGAGAAGUGAUUGGUGCCAUUUGAUCCGAAAAAGGUACCGAGUCUUCAGGAUUAGAAAAUGAGACCAUUCUCUUCUGUGUCAUGUACAAAAACCCACUUUCUAUUCCUUACACUGCAUCUUCUUCUGUUAUUUGGUUUCUUACAAUGUCUCCUGUCUCAUUGCCUCUCUACCAAUCAAAACUCUCAUUUCCAUCCUUCGACACUCCUUUUCUCCCCUUUUCUAUUCCUUCUUCUCACAACAAGUUCUCUUCCAUUUCGAUUCUCAAUAAUACUUCCCAUGUCAACUACAGUAGGCUCUCUUCCUCCAUCAAACCGCUUUCCGCCACAGUCAGCACCUCCGUCGUCGUCGAGUCUGAUAACCAUUCUGAUCCCAGCACUGGAUCAACCGCCUUCAUCAUCCACGCGCGCAACCGAAUUGGACUCCUCCAAGUCAUCACUCGCGUCUUCAAAGUACUCGGCCUCCGUGUCGAGAAGGCUACCGUCGAAUUUGACGAUGAUUAUAUUACGAAGACGUUUUAUGUGACUGAUUCUAAUGGAAACAAAAUCGAGGACGCUGAGAGAUUGGAUAAAAUCAAAGAACAAUUGAUUGAUGCGAUUGACGGAGGAGAUGGAGUUGGCGAGGUUAAGGUGGGGUCUACAGGGAGAGGAGUAGUGAUGAGAAGGACUGGAUUAGGUGAAGGGAGAGCCAAGGCGGAGAGAAUGUUCGGGUUAAUGGAUCGGUUUUUGAAGAACGAUCCGUUUACUCUUCAAAAGGAUAUUUUGGAUCAUGUUGAGUAUACAGUGGCUAGGCCGCGCUUUAGUUUUGACGAUUUUGAAGCUUACCAGGCUUUAGCACAUAGCGUAAAAGAUCGGUUGAUUGAACGUUGGCAUGAUACCCAAAUGUGUUUCAAGAAGAAAGAUCCAAAGCGCAUAUACUUCCUCUCGCUUGAAUAUCUUAUGGGUCGUGCAUUGUCAAAUAGUAUCACCAAUCUUGGCAUUCGCGACCAAUACGCAGAUGCAUUAUCUCAGCUUGGUUUUGACUUGGAAGUCUUGGCAGAGCAGGAAGGGGAUGCUGCUCUUGGUAAUGGUGGCCUUGCUCGUCUUUCAGCCUGUCAAAUGGAUUCCUUAGCCACAUUGGACUAUCCUGCAUGGGGUUAUGGACUACGAUACCAGUAUGGACUUUUCCGUCAGGUCAUAUUGGAUGGCUAUCAACAUGAACAACCUGAUUAUUGGUUAAACUAUGGAAAUCCUUGGGAGAUAGAACGGAUUCAUAUGGCCUAUCCAGUCAAGUUCUACGGGACUGUCGAAGAGGAAGAUUUCAAUGGAGAAAAACGUAAAGUUUGGGUUCCCAAUGAGACGGUUGAAGCUGUAGCCUAUGACAAUCCAAUACCUGGCUAUGGAACAAGGAACACCAUUACUCUUCGCCUCUGGGCUGCUAAGCCAAGUGAUAAAAAUGAUAUGGAAGCCUAUAAUACUGGAGACUACAUCAAUGCAGUUGUCAAUCGACAAAGAGCAGAAACCAUAAGUAGUGUUUUAUACCCUGAUGACCGCACAUAUCAGGGAAAAGAAAUACGGUUAAAACAACAAUACUUUUUUGUCUCUGCAUCAAUGCAAGAUAUUAUUCGGAGGUUCAAAGUCACUCAUGAUAACAUCGAUGAGUUCCCAGAAAAGGUUGCCCUGCAAUUGAAUGAUACUCACCCAUCUCUUGCAAUAGUUGAGGUCGUGAGAUUGCUUGUUGAUGAAGAGAAUUUAAGUUGGAGUAGAGCAUGGGACAUUGUAUGCCAGAUAUUCUCCUUCACAACUCACACAGUAUUGCCUGAAGGAUUGGAGAAAAUCCCUGUUGAUCUGUUGGAAAGUCUUCUACCGCGCCAUUUACAAAUCAUAUAUGAGAUAAACCACAAUUUCAUUGAAGAGUUGAAGAAAAGAAUCGGUUUGGAUUAUGAUCGACUUUCUAAGAUGUCAAUUAUUGAGGAAGGUGCUGUGAAGAAUAUUCGGAUGGCAAAUCUAUCAGUUGUCUGCUCUCACUCUGUGAAUGGUGUUUCUAAAGUGCAUGGAGAGUUAUUGAAAACAAGAGUAUUCAAGGACUUCUAUGACCUGUGGCCUCACAAAUUUCAUUACAAGACAAAUGGAGCAACGCAGCGUCGAUGGAUUGUUGUCAGCAAUCCAAGUUUAUGUGCUCUUAUCUCAAAGUGGCUUGCAACAGAAGCCUGGAUACGUGAUAUGGACCUGUUAUCAGGCUUGCAAGAAUAUGCAACAAAUGCUGAUCUACAUCGAGAAUGGAAGAUGGUUAGGAAGGUUAACAAAAUGAGGCUUGCAGAAUAUAUUGAAGCAAUGACUGGUGUCAAGGUCAGCAUAGAUGCAAUGUUUGAUGUGCAGAUAAAACGAAUACACGAGUACAAAAGACAGUUCCUUAAUAUUCUUGGGAUCAUCCAUAGAUAUGACUGUAUCAAGAACAUGGAGAAGAAUGACAGGAGAAAUGUUGUCCCUCGUGUCUGCAUAAUUGGAGGGAAAGCUGCACCUGGUUAUGAAAUAGCAAAGAAGAUUAUCAAACUUUGUCAUGCUGUAGCAGAAAAGAUUAACAAUGACCCAGAUAUUGGAGAUCUUUUAAAGUUGGUUUUUAUCCCUGAUUACAGCGUCUCUGUUGCUGAGUUGGUAAUACCAGGGGCUGACCUUUCACAGCACAUAAGCACUGCUGGACACGAGGCAUCAGGUACUAGCAGCAUGAAAUUCUUGAUGAAUGGAUGUUUACUCCUAGCAACAGAAGAUGGCUCUACCAUUGAAAUUAUUGAAGAAAUAGGGGCAGAUAACAUGUUUUUGUUUGGUGCAAAAAGUCAUGAAGUUCCAGUUUUGCGUGAGAAAGGACCUGCACUUAAAGUACCUCUUCAAUUUGCUCGUGUUGUAAGGAUGAUUCGAAAUGGCUAUUUUGGCUUUGAAGACUAUUUUGAAUCAUUAUGCGACAGCGUGGAGGUUGGUAAUGACUUUUACCUCCUGGGUGCUGAUUUUGAAAGCUAUCUAGAGGCACAGGCUGCUGCUGAUAAGGCAUUUGUUGAUGAUAAGAAGUGGACUCAGAUGAGCAUUCUUAGCACAGCUGGGUCUGGAAGAUUCAGCAGUGAUAGAACAAUUGAAGAAUAUGCAGCCAAUGCUUGGGGAAUUGAACCUUGUAGAUGCCCAUUCUAAACUCGGUCUCUACUUCUCAAUAGACAAGACUUAUCAAAGAAUAAGCAAUAAUCUACAGUUAUUUGUAACUGCUUACCAAUAAUCUCUGAUACUUCUUGCAUAUGUUCCUCCACGUUUGAUUCUUUUUUAUACUUAUGCAUUGGCUCUAUGUAGUAUUUUUUUUAUUAUUAUUAUUUCUUUAAGAGUUGAAUUUCUG